AUGGUGCAGAGCCAGGCGACAAGGGGAACUAUCUGGGGCAAGGCACUGGGACUCCUGAACGAGCUAAAAACUUUGCAAGGCGACGGCAAACAUGGACGCACUCUGCACCCCCACAAAAGCGUUGUGCCGCAGGAGAUCGAGUCGUUCCCGUGCACGGGCAAUGCCAGCCUCCAACUGCCGGUCAAUGUCAACAUGGUAGUGCAAGGGCCUCCCCGGUUUAACGACACCCGACUCCACUUCAAGCGCAACAAGAUCUGUGCCAAAGGCAUCUCACCUGAGCCGAAUCAGUCACCUGCCCCUGCCCACGCUCCCUCCCAGGGCCCAGCACUGAUGAGCGCCGCCGCCUGUGCUUUGGGCUUAGUCCUGGCCGUAGGCCUUGUGGCUAGCAUGAUGUAUGUGCGGGCUCGCAAGCAGCUACGCCAGGAUUCGCUACACACCAGCUUCACAACAGCAGGUUAUGGCAGCCAUCAGAACGUGUUCAUUCGCCUUGAUCCUCUCGGACGGCCCCCGAGUGCCACCGGCUCCUACGCGACCAUUGCCAGCCUCAACAAAUAUCCAACGGAGACCAAAAAGCUUCCGCAGCCCACACCCUAUGCCACCGCCCUGCUGCCAAUGGGCAACCAGGCCGGCGAGACCAUUUACUCGAAGCCAGAAUCGGUAUGUCCCUCGAGGAUUUCUUACUACGCCUCCUCGCAGCUAACCCAGGCCACCAGAUCCACUCCGCUGCCAAUUUGCGGCACUCACCACACCAGACCAGACGAUUGCUCCCAAGGCAGCAGCUGCGUCUACGUCCACAUACAAAUCCCGACUCGAGCCACCUUUCCACGUCGAUAA